UCCCGCCCCCGCCAGUAAAAACAAAGUAGAAGGUUCUCGAUGGCGAUUCUCUACGCUUUGAUAGCUCGAGGAACGGUGGUUCUGGCGGAGUUCAGUGCCGUAACUGGGAACACCGGUGCGGUGGCGCGACGGAUACUCGAGAAGCUUCCGGAAGAGGCUGAUUCAAGACUCUGUUUAUCGCAGGACCGUUAUAUCUUUCAUAUACUGAGAUCGGACGGCCUCACUUUCCUCUGUAUGGCUAAUGAUACCUUUGGAAGGAGAGUUCCGUUUUCAUACUUGGAGGGCAUUCACAUGAGGUUCAUGAAAAACUAUGGCAGAGUUGCUCAUUAUGCACCGGCAUACGGAAUGAAUGAUGAGUUCUCACGGGUGUUGCACCAACAAAUGGAAUUUUUCUCCAGUAGUCCAAGUGCAGAUACUCUCAAUCGUGUUAGAGGUGAAGUGGGUGAGAUACGUGCAAUUAUGGUGGAAAACAUUGAGAAAAUACUUGAGAGAGGUGAUAGGAUUGAGCUUCUUGUUGACAAAACGGCAACAAUGCAAGAUGGUGCAUUUCACUUCAAGAAACAGUCUAAACGCCUUCGUCAAGCACGUUGGAUGAAAAAUGCCAAACUUUUGGCCAUGCUAACAUGCUUGAUUGUUCUGCUACUCUACGUGAUUAUUGCCGCUUUCUGUGGAGGCAUCACUCUACCAUCAUGCCGAUCCUGAGCAGCGGUCUUACCGGUUUAAAUUCUUGCUAAGGUAUGUACUUCGAUGAAUAUUUAUGUAAGUUUGUC